AAUCCAACUUUAAAUCCAAUUUUUCCGAACAUGUAAAUUUUAUUUUAUUUUAGUUCCAAUUCCUGGUCCAAAUUCUAUUCCUUUUUCAAAUCCCAAAAUCCUUAGUGCCAAACAAGCCUCUCUUUCUAAAAAAUUAGUUGAACUAGCCAAGACCCAAUCACGAUCGAAGCUCAUAGCCUCAUCUUCCCCUCUCUCUUUUCUCUCUCUGUAGCGUGCCGCCUUCUCUUCUGUGUCCACGGUGUGCCGGUAGAGUGCCGGAUCAACAUAUCCCUCGAAAACCCAUCCGUUUUCUUAGUUCUAGAAUCCCAAAUAAUUGCAUCUUUUUCCAGAUACUCUUCCGGUGAAGGAUAAAAUCUCCCAAAAGGUAGAAAAAGACUGUUUUUGUGGGCAUGGCGCAUAGGUUGUUGAGAGAUCUUGAGAAAGAUGGCUGGGAACGCUCCGACUUCCCAAUCAUAUGCGAGUCGUGUCUUGGCGAUAAUCCAUACGUUCGAAUGACAAAAGCAGAUUAUGAUAAGGAAUGCAAGAUUUGCACACGUCCCUUCACUGUUUUCAGGUGGAGGCCAGGUCGUGAUGCAAGAUAUAAGAAAACUGAGAUUUGUCAAACUUGCAGUAAGUUGAAAAAUGUUUGUCAAGUUUGUCUUCUGGAUCUUGAAUAUGGGUUGCCAGUUCAGGUUCGAGAUACUGCUCUCAGUAUCAAUUCCAAUGACGCCAUCCCUAAGAGUGAUGUCAAUAGAGAAUACUUCGCGGAGGAGCAUGACCGCAGGGCAAGAGCUGGUAUAGAUUAUGAUUCUUCUUAUGGAAAAGUACGCGCAAAUGAUACGAUUUUGAAGCUUCAAAGAACGACACCUUAUUACAAGAGAAACCGAGCACAUGUUUGCAGUUUCUAUAUUCGGGGUGAAUGCACUAGAGGUGCUGAGUGCCCUUACAGGCAUGAGAUGCCAGUUACUGGAGAGUUAUCACAGCAAAAUAUUAAAGAUCGAUACUAUGGGGUAAAUGAUCCAGUGGCGUUGAAGCUACUUAAUAAGGCAGGCGAAAUGCCCUCUCUGGAACCUCCCGAGGAUGAGAGCAUUAGAACCCUUUAUGUCGGUGGGCUUGAUGCAAGAAUUACUGAGCAGGACCUGAGGGAUAACUUCUAUGCACACGGUGAAAUUGAGUCCGUAAGAAUGGUGCUUCAACGAGCUUGCGCAUUCGUUACUUACACCACCAGAGAAGGUGCUGAGAAAGCAGCAGAAGAACUCUCAAAUAAGCUGGUCAUAAAGGGUCUGAGGUUGAAGCUUCUGUGGGGUAGACCACAAGCACCAAAGCCGGAGUCGGAGCUCUCAAAUGAGGCACAGCAGCAGGCAGUAGUAGCUCAUAGUGGAAUGUUGCCUAGGGCCGUAAUCUCGCAACAGCAAAACCAACUACAACCACCUGGCACUCAGGACCAACCCCCACAAAUGCAUUAUUUUAAUAUACCCCCUCCACCUCAGCAGGAGAGGGCAUAUUAUCCCUCAAUGGAUCCUCAAAGAAUGGGUGCUCUUGUUCCAUCUCAAGAAGGGGCUCCUAGUGGGCCUUCAGGGUCUGGCGAGAAUAAAAGUGGUUUAGAGAAGCAGCAAGGGCAGCAUUACCCUUACCCAGGGAUGCCGCCAUCUCAAGGGCAAUUUCACCAGCCGUUUUAUCCACCAUAUGGGUAUAUGCCACCACCGCCUCCGCCUCCGCCAUAUCAGCAAUACCCUCCACCUUAUCACUCUACAAUUCCCCCACCACCACCCCCAGUGGCCCCACAACAAUAUCAGCACUCUGCACCACCUGGACCGUCACAGCAGUGAUUCCGGCUUUGUAGUGUUGUUGUCUCCUCUAGGCUAGACUUCUACUGGUGUGGUUGGUUGAAUCAUUACUGCCAAUUGAAUUUCCUUUUCUAAGGAAUUCCUUGUUGCUUCAUGUGCCUGCACCUACCCAGCGGAUUGAUCUUUAUUGUGCAAUGUUCAGCAUUUUGUAUUUUACGACAGGGUCGUAGUUUGGAUUCAGGAUUACUUUUGUUUUACUUAUUUCAAGGAUUUUGUGCCUGGUAUUGAUUAAGCAAUUAGAAAUUUGAAAUCUUACUUGCAAAGAUUGAACAUUUGCUUGCCA